UUAUUAAUUUGCUACUGAUUGAGAGGAGGACACCUAUGAAGACAAAGGUUUGAGUCAGUCAAGGCUUCAUACUUGGAUCUGUCACCAGUUCCCAAAUACAUCUACAGAGUUAUGCUGGAUAGGUAACAGUGUACAACUUGAAGCAGUUCCAACUAUAAGGUAAUCAUGGCAGAAUUGUCAAUCCCGACAUCUCGUUUCAUUGAAGCUGAGAUUGCAGGGAAGCUCAAAGUGGUUGGUACACAUGCUAUUGGCAAAGAUGUCACUUUUAAGCUAUUGAUCGCAAACCUGACGACCAAGUCCAAGGUUAUUACUGCCGACAUCAAGGCAAGUUCAAUCCUGUAUACAAGGAAGGAGAUCCAUGAAAUAUUCAAGGAGAGCAGAAAAAUAAGUCUUCGAGGUUGUGAAGUGAAAGAAGAACCAGUGAUCAUAACCUACGCUCAAUAUGAUGGCCUCUUAACUGCAGAUAAUGCCAUAGAGGUGACAAUUGUCUGCUCCUAUGAAGCAGUCAAAGGAACAAUCAUUGUCGAAAACAACGUUGUCCUGGAUAACCCAACAUUUGAAAUUAAGCUGAAAGAACCAGCCCUGUUGAAUCAGCCUGUUAAAGCUGAAGUAAUAUUCACCAACCCGCUGAACCAAGAGGUAUCUGAUAUUGUGGUGACAGCAGAAGGCAGCGGACUUCUUCAGGAUCCAAUCACAGUCAAGGCAGGCUCAGUGAAGCCCAAGGAGACCAUAUCGAUCCCUCUUAUAAUAAUUCCAUACAGAUCCGGCCCUAAACAUUUGUUAGUUGAUCUAACAACCGACAAGUUCCAGAAUUCAAAAGGAUUUGUAGAGGUGGAAGUCCGUGAGCCAGAAAAAGAUGGAAAAGAUGAAAAGAACUCAUUACCACCACAACUAACAUUAUGA